CGGGCUCUUGGGUCCACCGCGUAGGCCCCGCCCCUCUCUCUGCCCCGCCCGCGGCGCAAGCUCCACCCCGCCCCGCCGCGCAGGCGCCGUGGUGCGCGCUCCGUUUGAAACAUGGCGCGGGCUGUCCCGCGGCUGGUGCUGAGUGAGGAAGCGAUCCGCUCGAAGAGCGGCCUGGGGCCUCACCGCAACCUGGCCGAGCUUCGGUCAUUGUCUAUUCCUGGAACUUACCAAGAGAAGAUCACCCACCUGGGACGUUCUCUGAUGAGUUUAACAGGUCUGAAAUCUCUCGAUCUCUCACGCAACUCCUUGGUUAGUCUGGAGGGCAUUCAGUACCUGACUGCGCUGGAGAGUCUCAAUCUCUACUACAACUGCAUCUCGUCGCUGGCAGAAGUGUUCCGGCUCCACUCCCUGACGGAGCUUGUGGACCUGGACUUGCGGCUGAACCCCGUGGUGAAGGCCGAGUCUGACUACCGCCUGUUUGUCGUGCACCUGCUCCCCGGGCUCCGGCAGCUGGACGAUCGCCCCGUGAGAGAGAGUGAGCGGAAGGCUUCCCAGCUGCAUUUUGCAUCAGAGGACUCAAUGGACUCAAAGGAGAGCAUCCCAGCUGCUUUGAAAGUGGGCAGACCACACCACCCCAGAGCCAGGGGCACCGAGGCCUCAGCCAAGCAGAGCCUGGUCAUGGAUGCGGACGACGAGGCGGUCCUGAGCCUCAUUGCAGAGUGUGAGUGGGACCUCGGCAGGCCUCCCGGGAGCGCGAGCUCCAGCCAGAAGGAGCGCGAGGCCUACUCCUGUGCUUCCCAAGAAAUGGAGUCUUGCUAUGUCGCCCAGCCUGGAUUCAAACUUGCAGACUCAGGCGAUCCUCCUGCCUCAGCCUCCUCAGGAUCCUGGACUGCAGAAUCCAGACAUCUGUUGAGCCCGCAGUCACUCCAGCACCAGUGUGGGGACUCCGGGAGGCAGGGCCGAGAGAUGAGGUGGCGCAGCUGCAGAGGGUGCUGUGCAGAGAAGGCGCCUCGGAGCUGGCCCUGUGGAGAGCACCCGCCACAGCCACAGCCACAGCACGCCACGGAGGCGCAUGGGGCGCACGCCCGCUUCACCCCACACCCAGACUCUGUGGAUACUGAGGACUCAGCCUCUUCACAGAAGUUGGAUUUGUCAGCAGAAAUGGCGCCCGGUCCCCUGCCUGCCGCUGGAAAGUGCAGGAAGCAAAGAAUGCCUGGUGGAAGAUUCCAGGUCUUUUCAGAACAGAAGUGUCUGGGCUGCCUGGAGGGGACUCAUGGGUCCUGCAAGCCCGAGGAGAGCGUGAGCAGAGAGACCAGCUCAGAAAGCAGGAGUGGGAGGACCUUAUCUCAGCCCGAGGCCUUGGAGACUGAGGAGCAGAGGUCUGGGGGCGUGAACGAUGCUGGAGAGCCAUCUCCCAGGUCGCACUCAGCUCCCCCCGGGAAGAAGGCAGGCCUGCCGGCGGCGCUCCUGGAGACGCUCGUGGACCUGGUGGACAGGAGCCGGGGUGGCUGCAGGUCUCUGCACAGCAACGAGGCAUUCCUUGCUCAGGCAAGACGCGUCUUGUCCUCUGUUGAACUCGCUGCAGCCCAGGACGGCUCCGCGAUGAUGGGUGAAGACGUCGGCUCCCCGGCUCUGGGGAGCAAGUCCCUGCAAAGCCGCCUUGCGGAGCAGCAGCGGCGGCACGCCCUGGAGAUGAGCGAGGUGACGGCGGAGCUGCACCGCGCACGCAAGGAGCUGAAUGAUUUGAGACAACAUUUAGAUACAUCUUUGGAAGAGAAUAGUGGCUUAAAAUCGCUUUUGUUCAGUAUGAAAAAGGAGGUGAAAAAUGCAGACGCUGCAGCUACAUUGAAUUUGCAGAUCACUGGACUUCAAACAAGCGUGACGAGGCUGUGUGGUGAGAUUGUGGAGCUGAAGCAGCACCUGGAGCACUAUGACAAGAUCCAGGAGCUCACGCAGAUGCUGCAGGAGAGCCACAGCUCCCUGGUCAGCACCAACGAACACCUGCUGCAGGAGCUGAGCCAGGUGCGGGCGCAGCACAGGGCCGAGGUGGAGCAGAUGCACUGGAGCUACAAGGAGCUCAAGAAGACCAUGGCUCUGUUUCCGCACGGGAGUGCUGGCCCUGGACGCUGCCAGGCCUGCUGACUCCUGCCAGGGGCGGUGCUGCUCCUUGAGCU